AUGAGCGCCGUUGCAGUCAGCGAAGUGUCAUUGAACACACACGAUAGCGGUAUCAAGCCGUACUUCGAUCAAAAGAUUCAAGAAACGGAAUUAAGAAUCAGAUCCAGAACCCAGAAUCUGAGACGUUUGGAAGCGCAAAGAAACGCAUUGAACGACAAAGUACGCUUCAUCAAAGAUGAGCUGCGGCUACUGCAAGAACCUGGGUCUUACGUGGGAGAAGUGGUCAAGGUUGUAUCAGACAAGAAAGUGCUGGUGAAGAUCCAGCCUGAGGGCAAGUACAUCGUGGACAUCGCCAAGGACAUCAACGUGAAAGAUCUCAAGACUUCGCAGCGGGUGUGUUUGAAGAGCGACUCUUACGCGCUGCACAAAAUCCUGGAAAACAAGGUGGAUCCGCUGGUGUCGCUAAUGAUGGUGGAAAAAGUGCCGGACUCCACGUACGACAUGGUGGGCGGUCUGACCAAGCAAAUCAAAGAGAUAAAGGAGGUCAUCGAGCUUCCCGUGAAACACCCGGAACUAUUCGAGAGUCUCGGGAUUGCGCAGCCCAAGGGCGUUAUUUUGUAUGGCCCGCCAGGUACCGGUAAGACGCUGCUUGCCAGAGCCGUGGCACAUCACACCGAUUGCAAAUUCAUAAGAGUCAGUGGUGCCGAGUUGGUACAGAAAUAUAUUGGUGAGGGUUCGCGGAUGGUGCGAGAACUGUUUAUAAUGGCUCGCGAACACGCGCCCUCGAUUAUCUUCAUGGACGAGAUCGAUUCUAUAGGGUCGAGCCGUGUGGAAGGUGGAUCCGGCGGAGACUCGGAAGUGCAAAGAACCAUGCUGGAGCUCCUGAAUCAAUUGGAUGGGUUUGAGACCUCCAAGGAUAUUAAGAUCAUCAUGGCCACCAAUAGAUUAGACAUCUUAGACCCUGCAUUGUUGAGACCUGGUAGAAUUGACAGGAAAAUUGAAUUUCCACCUCCAACGGUUGCUGCAAGAGCCGAGAUCUUGCGUAUCCAUUCCAGAAAGAUGAAUUUGACGCGUGGUAUAAAUCUGCGGAAAAUUGCCGAAAAGAUGAAUGGAUGCUCCGGUGCCGACGUCAAGGGUGUCUGUACGGAGGCCGGUAUGUUUGCACUGCGUGAAAGAAGAAUUCACGUCACACAGGAGGACUUUGAGCUUGCCGUGGGUAAAGUGAUGAAUAAGAACGACGAAACAGCCAUUUCGGUAGCCAAGCUCUUCAAAUGA